AUGGCUGGAAGCGGAAAAACUUCUUUUGUAAGUGCUUUAUAUCAUCAUUUAACACAGAAGGAGUUGAAGAGAGUUUAUACAGUUAAUCUAGACCCAGCAGUUUUAUCUUGCCCAUAUCCUGUAAACAUCAAUAUUAAGAGCACUUUUGACUAUAAAAAAAUAAUGAAGGAUUACGGGUUAGGACCAAAUGGAGCAAUAAUGACAUGUCUUAGCCUUUUCGCAGUUAAGUUUGACCAGGUAUUGAAUAUUCUUGAGUCUAAAUCCGAUAUUGAUUACGUAAUACUCGACACUCCUGGGCAAAUAGAAGUUUUUAAUUGGUCAGCGAGUGGAUCUAUUAUAUUGGAAGGUCUUUCUAUCUCUUUUCCGACAAUAGUGGCAUAUGUUGUCGAUACUGUUAGAUCUCAAAAACCAGUGACGUUCAUGUCAAAUAUGCUAUAUUCAUGUAGCGUAAUGUAUAGAUGCAAACUGCCUUUUAUCUUGAUUUUUAACAAAAUUGAUGUUACAGACCAUCUAUUGUGUACUAAAUGGAUGAAAGACUACGAUUUGUUUUCAGAUUCUGUACUUUCUAGUGAUGAUUCUUAUAUGGCAAGCUUAAGCAGAUCGUCUGCAUUGGCAUUAUAUGAAUUUUAUAAGGAUCUGAAGUUUGUUGGAGUGUCAUCUUCUGUAGGAACAGGCAUGAAGAGCUUUCUUGAAAAAUUAGAUGAGGCAAGCGAAGAGUUUGAGACACAGUAUAGAAAAUGGAUUAGCGACAGAAAAGAAGCAAUAAAGAAACAGAGGGAGGACGAAACCUUGCAAAAAUGGAAUGAAAUCAGUAAUAUAUUUAAAUCAAAUAACGAAAAAUUAAGUAGUGAUACACAAAUUCCAUGCAUUCCCGAACAUCUCGUAGAAGGUCACGAAGGAAGUAGUGAAAGCGAAGACUUAAGCGAUAUUGACCAAAUCGAACAAGUGAUGUUGAACCCAAAAGGAAAACUAAAUUUCAUCUAG